AUGAAGAAUUUCAAACAGAAGAAGAAGCGUCGUCUCGCCAAAAACCAGGGUCAUGCACAGCCACGAGUGCAAAGCCCACACGCAUCAAGGCCCCCCUCGCAGCCUGAACAGUGCACUGACACCCUUGAAGUUACUUGUCAAGAUACCACCUCGUCAUUAGACCGGCAACCCUGGCAAAGCCGCAUUCUCUCUGGCUGUUCGUUUCCAAAACCCCUGCAGUAUGAUGAAGCCAGUCUUUUGAUGCACUAUCUCGACCAUGUUUUCCCCUACCAAUACCCAUUCUGCGGAAAAGAGACUCACCACCUUGAGCUUGAGUUUCACACCAACGCCCUGAGUCAGCUCCAGGAUUUUAUCGUUUCCUUCAAUACUGAUGAGCUUCGGCCUGAUGAUGAGAACCUCGUCGAGAUAAUAGCCUGUGGCGUGGCUCUAAUUAGCUUUGAGCAGAGGCACGAAUGCGAUCUGGUCAAGGCUGUGUCACUCGCAUAUUUGCCGCUGCAGCGUUGGUUCAACUUCAGCUUGUCGGCCAGAGGAUGUUGCCGCGUCCCUCAUCAACUAGGAUACGGAGAGCAGUGAGCCGGACGAUACUGGAGAUUCAGAUGGCCCAGGACACAAUUUCCCCUCGACAAAUAAGCUGGCCUAUAUGCGUCGCUGGGUGUGUGGCUGAUCCAGAUCAAAGACUAUUCUUCGAGCAGCUGCUAGAGGAGACGCUCUCCCAAGGAGACGGUAUGAUUGGAAAUUGCGGAACAAUUCUAGAUAUUAUACAAAAUAGUUGGAGAUACCAGGGAGAUCAGCCAGAUGUCCAAUGGGACUGUGGCAGUGUCAUGAAGGAGAUGGGCAUUUGCGCCCUGCUAAUUUGA